AUGGCCUCCAUAUUCACCUUCGACCCCGAUCCUCCGCGCGUUUCGUCGCCGUGGGCUAUCACGCCUAUCGGCGGCGUUGCGCACUCCCCCGUGCCAGCCACGAACCCCCGACGAAUCCCUUCGACUCUCGGCGGUCUUAAUGACGAGACGAGCGCAAAUGCAACAUCCCUCCCCACCGAUAUAGAUUAUACGCAUAUCACACGGUUGGAGGCGGAGCCCCAAGAUGGGCCUACGGAGUAUAAGCUACAUCUUCUGCUCAGGCGACGGCGGUCGUUCACCCGUUCCAGUACCGCACGCCAUAUAUCUGGGUCCAUGCGUCGACCUGAAAUACCUAUACCAGCGGGUCGCAGCGUAUCAGAGUCCGGCGUCCUGGCUAAUACCCCUCCACCACUGGCAUCUACACAGUCAAAGCAGCAUCGUCUGGAGCAGCUGACUACUCAGUUGCUGUGGCGCCUACAGCAGUCAUGUCCAAACCACAUGUCAUCAUCCAUGGCACCUGUCAUACCUCAUUUUCCCGACGAUGCACGUCUGUCAGGGCCCGAGAUGCCUCAACGUCUGCUGCCGGGGUUGGAGGAGAGUAGUGGUGCGCUCUAUGAGAUUGGAGUCGCGGACGACGGAACUAUUGUUGGCUUGACAGAAGACGAGAUGGAAGAGAGCCUGAACAAUUUGCGCGCCAUGGCUGCAAGCUUGGGCUGUGGAGUCAAGGUCAUGCGCAGGGUUCCUGUAGGCGAUUGCGAGUGGACAGAGGAUUCCGGCACCGCAAAACAGAGGGUUGUAAAAUCGCAAUUGCUAGUUGCCGAAGCUCUGGUCCGCCCAGAACAGCACUUGGUCGAUCACACGAAGAGGAACGGGCAGCAAGCAGCCGACGUGCCGUCUGACACCGGUGCUAGCAACGUUGUGGCACUGACUAACGAGUCUGAGGGAGUCACCGAGCAGAUGCGUGUAUCAGUGACCGGUGCCACCAUGUCCGGUAAAUCUAGCCUACUUGGCACACUCUCUACCGCAACGCUGGAUAAUGGCAGAGGAAAGAGUCGCCUGAGUCUUCUGAAACACAGACACGAGAUCGCAUCAGGGAUGACCAGCUCUGUCACCCAGGAGUUGAUAGGGUACCGUGAUGUAGGAGGCUCAUCACGAGUGACUAGCUAUGGCUCUGAGAACAUCGACUCAUGGAUCGACAUUCACGCGGCUGUUGAGUCAGCAAAAACCGGCCGACUUGUGUUCCUCUCUGACUCAGCUGGUCAUCCGCGAUUUAGACGCACCACCGUCCGUGGAAUCGUCGGCUGGCAACCACAUUGGACACUUCUGUGCAUUCCAGCUGACAACACCGAUGAGUCCUCUGGCAAGCUCGGAGCUUCGCCUUCAGCUGAAGAAAUACUCGGCCCAGCAGCAGCAGAUCUGGAUCUGUCUCAUGCACACCUUCAGUUAUGCCUCGCUCUGGAACUGCCGCUUGUGAUUGUCAUCACGAAGUUCGAUUUGGCUACCAGAACCGGCUUGGGAAACACCUGUAACAAGUUGUUUUCGGUAUUGAAAGAGCACAAGAGGACGCCUUGUCUCAUCGGUGAUGCAGCUACAUCUGUGCUAGAGGCCGAUCUACACACAGUUGAUGGAGGAGAUCUUAAGAUCGACAAUGCACUAAGUCUCCUUGCAGACUCACCACUUGCGGCAGUGCCGAUUGUUUUGACUAGCGCCGUCAAAGGCACAGGAAUCCGGAAGCUUCAUGCAUUCCUUCGAGAACUGCCCAUGCCCAAGGAAGUCACUCAACCUGCACCUGCAGCAGUUUCGCCACUCUUUUAUAUCGAAGAUGUCUACAGCGUCCGCACGGAUACAUCAAGUGAUCGAUCAGCGAUCAUCGGGGGCUACCUCCGUUACGGGUCUCUGGCCGUUGGCGACGAGCUGCUCUUAGGACCCUACCCUGUCGAUGUAAGCUCUGACGACAGCGACAGCGGUAGCGCAAUACCAAAUCGCAAGCCAUCUAUUCCGCAGUCGAGGUCCUUUCCUGGCGCACUGAACACGAAAUCGAAGAACGCCUCAUUGCGCGAUCGGCAUAGUCAAUGGCGACGCGUCCGCAUUACCUCUAUGCGCAAUUUGCGUCUACCCGUGCGAAAGCUUCAUGCGGGGCAGGUCGGGACCAUGGGCCUCGCACCCGUCGAUACACCGAUUGUCAGUCCAUCGAUAAACAGGAUACGCAAAGGCAUGGUAUUGGCGGCUCGCGAGCCCAAAGCGCACAAAGUCAUCACAGUGCGAUUUGAGGAUAAGCAAGCAGAAAGCGUUAGGAACCUCAGUGUCGGCAGCGCAGUUGUCGUUUACAUUGCGAGCGUGAGAGCUUCAUCGAAAGUGCUUUCCGUUGCUGCCGAACGUAUGGAAGACCCUACGCUCAAGACUCACGGAGACGAGGAUGAUGCUUUCGGGUUCGGCUUUGACGUUGAGAUGGAGAAGCCGGCAGCUGAAGCUGCGCCGCCAGCGGUCAUCGUGACCUUCCAAUUCAUCGCUUCGCGCGAAUUCGUGGAGAUGGGUGCCAAGGUGUUAGUCAUGCCUGGCGGUGGGCCGGGGCUUUUCGGGGGUAAUGAGAGGGGUGCAAAGGGUAUGGCUGGGCUGGAAGGGUUUGUUGGCAGAGUAGUGGACGAUGCUUCGUAG